GUCUGGAUCACACCAACAAUCCAAACAGAACACCGUGUCCUCUGACCCCCCAAGCUUACUCGUCGUCACCUUUCAUUAGCAUUUGUCGAUUGACCUGCCUGGCUGACUCAUUGGAGUCUCCUUGACAUGAUGUCGUCCUUCUAGGCAGCCAGAUUAGGCCGCUCUCUUAUUUCAAUCAUUGACCAACGACUUGCCCAAGGUCAUUCAUCCUCAUCGAGGAGAGAUAGAGAAAAUCAACGACACAAUAGUAACACGCAGCUCACCAUGGCUACCUGGGACACUCCCAUGAUCAAGUUCGAGGGCUCGCCUACCGAGUCGCUCCUCUCCGCACCCCCCGACAUGUAUACCUCUCUCUUCUCGCCGGGUACGCCGGGUACGCCGGGCACGCUAGAUCCCUCCGAGAUCCUAUCACCACGUGCAACCCCGGAAGCCUCUCAUGCCGCAACCCAGGCCGGCAUGACGACCCCCGGCCCUACAACUACUUCCGCCGCCACUCCGGCAGCCUCCUCACCGGGCGCCUCCACACCGGGUGCCGACUCCACGUCCGAGAAGAAGUCCACAAAGAAGCGCAAGUCGUGGGGCCAGAUUCUUCCCGAACCCAAGACCAAUCUCCCCCCAAGGAAACGGGCCAAGACGGAGGAUGAAAAGGAACAGCGGCGUGUUGAACGUGUUCUCCGUAACCGCCGCGCUGCCCAGUCAUCAAGGGAACGCAAGAGGCUCGAAGUCGAGGCUCUCGAGAAGAAAAAUAAGGAGCUCGAGGCGGCCCUGAACCACGCCCAGCAGGCCAAUGCCAGGUUGAUGGAGGAGCUCGCCAAGAUGCAACGCGACUCGGGUGUCAUGCCCCGGUCAUCCGCCCCCCUUGAUUUUUCCGCCUCGAACAAUUCGAUGACUCUCUUGCCCGAGCUCUUCGGCUCGCCAGACGGUCGGCGGCCUUCUGCCGACUCGGCGAUCUCCCUAGUAGAUGAUCUCCUCAAGAUUACCCAAUCUAACGCCACCGUCAACCCCGCUUCCCUAUCACCCGCCCUCUCGCCCGCCCCACAGGCGGACGAGAUCGAAAUCCACGAGGAUGCCGAUGCGAUUAAGACGGAGCCUAUCGACGUCUCUUCCGACCUGACACAACUGUCAUCAGUCGGAGGAGCGUCCGGAGACUCGGCCAAUUUCGCAGACGACCACUUGGGCUCUGUAUCUGCACCUUCAUCUGCUGAUGAUCACCUCGUCAGCAAUCAUCUCGGCCUGUCAGAGACCUUUGAUGCAGAUCGCUUUGUCCUUGAAAGCGGGCUUCUCUCUUCCCCCGAAUCAAUCGAUUAUGACGACGAUUAUCUGGCUGGUGACUCGUCCCUCUUCUCGGUCGACCCGUUCGACAUCAACGACUUCCUCCACGACGAGGUCAACGCGGCAGCUCUCACCACAAACGCGGCAGCAGAGAAGCGCCCGGCGGACCCGAUCAUGGGCCACCACGCCCCUUACCCUGAGACUCAAGUCUCUUCAGAAAAUUCUAACCUGCAGCCCCACUCUGGCGCGUCCCCUUAUGGAUGCGACGAUGGAGGCAUUGCGGUUGGUGUCUGA